GCUUUAGUACUACAGAUUUCAAUCUCCCCACUAUUAGCAGGACAGUGCAAAGUCCAGAUUUCAUUCGUCCUAAUAUGUCAAAGCUAAAUCUAGUUGUGUGUGGGAGCGACGACACAUUAAAAUCCUCCAUAUCAGAGCUGAUCCUGCAGCAGACAGACAGAAGAUCAGACGUGGAUCUUCAUGGUCGUCUGAUCAAUCUGGUGGAGCUUCCAGCUCUGAUUCGUCUCUCAGAGGAGGAAGUGAUGCGUCAGACUCUCCGCUGUGUGUCUCUCUGUCAUCCUGGAGUUCAUGUUUUCGUUGUCAUUAUUCCUGUUGGUCCUCUUACUAAUGACAACAAAGCAGAAAUAGAGAUGAUCCAGAACAUAUUUGACUCCCAAAAGCACUUCAUGGUGAUAUUUACCUCUGAAAUGAGUGUUCAUGAACCUGUCAUUCAUUUUGCUAAAUCUGUCGUUGACUCUCAGAGCCUCUGUGGGGGUCGAUAUAAAGUGAUUGGAUUAAAGGAACCUGUAAACUCCCGACAGAUCCCAGAACUGCUGGAUUAUAUAGAGAACAUGAAGACUGAACCCUAUUCAGCUCAGAUGUAUGUGAGAACUCAAGAGAACAGAGUCAGACAUGAACUGGAGGAACAACACAAGAAAGAAAUGAAGAAAAUGGAAGAUCAAAUCAAAGAAUUCACGCAGAAGAUUCAGUCAGAAGGAGCUGAAGAUGAACAAGAUGCUCUGAAGUGUCUGAGGAUUGUGCUGAUCGGGAGGACAGGAAAUGGAAAGAGUGCAACAGGAAACACUAUUCUGGGAAGAGAGGAGUUUGUAAGUGAACCAAAUGCAGAUUCAGUGACGACUGUUUGUCAGAAGGGAGUCGGUGAAGUUGAUGGUCGAUCAGUAGCUGUUAUUGAUACUCCAGGACUCUUUGACACGACACUGAAAAAUGAACUAGUGGUGGAAGAAAUAAUGAAAUGUGUUUCACUGUCGUCACCUGGACCUCAUGUGUUUGUCAUUGUGGUGAGUGUAGGACAAUUCACAGAUGAAGAGAAUGAGACAAUGCAACUGAUAAAGAAGAUCUUUGGUCAUAAAGCUGCUCAAUUCAGCAUCGUUCUGUUCACUAGAGGAGACGAACUCGGGAGCAAAUCUAUAGACGAUUAUGUGAAGAAAAGUAACAAUGCAGAACUGAAGAAACUGAUCAGAGAUUGUGGAAACAGAUUCCUGGUUUUCAAUAACAGGGAAAAACAGGAUAAAACUCAAGUGAUUCAACUGUUAAACAUGAUAGAAGAGGUGAAAAAAACAAAUGAGGGUCGAUAUUUCACUAACAGCAUGUUUGAGGAGGCAGAGAUGUCCAUUAAAAAGAGAAUGGAGGAAAUAAUGAAAGAGAAAGAAAGAGAAAUUCAGACUCAACAUGAGAAAUUGAGAGUCAAAUAUGAGACAGAAAUGGAAGAGCUCAAGAAGAGACUCGAAGAAGAGAAAAGAAAAGCAGAUGAGGAGAAAAUACAAAGAGAGAAUGAGUUCAGACAAAAAGAGGAAAAACUUAAAAAAGAUUUUGAGAAAAAAGAGAAAACAGAACAGAAAAAACGAGAGACUGAAAACCAGAAACGAUUGAGACAGGAAAAACAGCAAAGAGCUGAAUAUGACAGAGAAAUGGAAAAGAUGAAGAGAGAGAUUGAAAAUCAGAGAUUACAGUUUGAAAAACAGCAGAAAGAAAGAGAAGAAGAAGAUAGAAAGAGAGAAGAGAAAAACAGACAAGAUCAAGAAAAGAUGAAACAUGAACAAGAAUGUAUUAUAGCAGAAUUACAGAUGAAACAAGAAGAAGAAAAUAAGAAGAGAGAAUCUGAGGAAAGAGAAAGAACUGAACAAGAAGAGAAACAGAGAGAGGAAUGGAAUAGAAAAAUAAAAGAGGCUGAACAUGACAGAAAAGAGAUUCAAGAAGAAAUUAAACGACAGCAGAAAGAAUGGGAAGAUGAAAAGAAACGGCAGACAAGAGAACGAGAGGAAGAAGAAAGAAAGAUGAAAGAGAAACACGAGAAACAACUGAGAGAAAAACAAAAAGAACUGGAGAAAAUGAGAAAGAAAUUUGACAGAGAGAGAGAAAAAGAAAGGCAGAAGAUAGAGAAGGAGAGACAGAAACAGAAAAGAGAGAGAGAAGACAAAGAGAGAGAAUAUGAGGAAAAGAAACAGAAAAUGGAAACAUAUUAUGAACAACUGGAACAAAAGAGAAAAGAAGAGUGGGAGAGAAGAAAACAAGAAGAUGAUGAGAAACAAGAAGAAGAGAGAAAGAGAUGGAAGAAAAUGAUUAAAGAUCUGAAACAAGAGCAAGAAAAAGAGAAAAAGAAAAGAGAAAAGGAGGAGAAGAAGAGAAAAGAAAAAGAAGAGAAAGAGAAAGAUGAAAUGAAGAAGGAAUAUGAGGGGAAAAUGAGAGCCAUGAAGAAGAAACAUGAAAAUGAAGCCAGAAAACAAGCAGAAGAACUGAAUGAUUUGAGAGCUGGAAAAGAGGAGCUCACACAGAAACUAAAUGAAGAUAAAAAACAUUAUGAAUUACUGGAAGACCUCUUUCAACACAUAAAAGAUGAGAAAAAAGAAGAAGCGGAAAAAUUAAAAAAAAGGAUUGCAGAUUCAAACAGACAAUGUUCUAUUAUGUGAAUCUUUUUCAUCCUUAUAAAGGAGCCAGAAUUAAAGCUGUGGUGUAAGUGAACUACCAAUACAUAAUAAAACAGGCAUAAAUGAAGAAACAAGACCUGCAGACUUUCAGAGUAAAUAUGGGGGAAAACUUUUACUUGUAAUCUCACAUAUCUGCAACCAUUGCACAUUUAUGUGGUGGUAAAUGUUUAGCUUUUUGUUCACUUUCAGUUUGACCGUAACCUACAGCUCAUUUUUAUAGCUCAUUAAAAUGGCCACUUUUAGGGUCUGAGCCAAAACAGAGAUAUAUCCACCCGCAGCACCAACAGCACCAAUAGAUUCAGAACCACAGUCAGUGAGGGGCGGAGCUUACGGACUUAACAGAGCAGCGCCACCUACAGUUUUGAAGCCUAAUUUGCUUUUAUUUGACCAGAAAUGUCACACUUGAUUGUAUACAUAUUAUAACAACAUAUUAUGGUACAUUGAACAUUUUAAAACAUUUAUCUUAUAUAAUUGCAUAUAGUUAUUCGUUUGGUUGUCGUAUGUAAGAUAUUUCCUGUUCAUGAUAUUAAAUGUCCAGUAUCUACCUUUCAGAGAAAAACCCCAAAGUUCUCCAGAAGAAUAAGUGUCCACCAUCUCUGUAUGUUGGAAUGUCACGCAUUUCCCUAAAGCAUAGUUAGCAAACUGUGGUCGUUAGUUCCACUGAACUCGACCUUGGCUGCUUUUGGGAAACACACCCCUGGCCGGUUCUAUGUUAAAAUGGCAGUGUCUGUCCACAUUUGUGGGUGGGGCCUGUGGAGAACUGAAAACAGGUCAUCAGGAGACUCUGAUAUGAUUAAUGAGGAUUACAAAAAAAUCAUUCAUCAUUAUAGAGUGGUUGUGUGCACACACUGCCAACACAUAUUUAUGUCCAAACAACAUGCAAAAGUGAGUUUUACAUUAUAGGUGUUUUUUAACAUUCAGUUAUUUACUGGUAACAGAAGAUCAUUCUUCAACAAACAGGUUUUGAAAAAAUAGAAAAAAAAAAAUCUUUUUAAUUUUAAGUUUAUUAAACCUUUCAACAAAAUAUUUAAAAAAAAAAAAAAAAACAGUUUUGAUGUUUGGUAUUUGGUCAAUGAGACUUAAUCAGUGUUGGGGUAACAGAUUACAAGUAAUGCCAGUUACAUAAUCAGAUGAUUUUUUUUUUUUUUUCAAGUAACUAGUAACUUAAUUACACAUUACUUUUUAAUUUACAAGAAAAAAAAAACUUUUUUUAUUAUUUUUAUUUUCUUGUUUCAUUUCUUUAUGAUUAUUUAUAUUUUGUUAUUUGAAUAAUAAACAUUACGAUUUCAUUUGUGUGCUGAAUUUUGACUCCCUUCCAGAAUUGGCCUUUUGUAUGUACAUGAUGCCAUUUGAUCAGCCAAAUAAAUUUAACAUGUUUGUGAUGCACUUUCAUUUUUAUUUCAUUUCAUUAAUUGCUAUGCAGUUAUUACAUUCUUAUGUGGUUAUAAAUGUUUUGUUUUCUGUUUUUUA